AUGGAAGACGCUUUGGCGGAUUCUUCGGAUACCCAUUGCAUGGAGAAAAUCUAUUCUUUCUUGGCGGGAAUAGAUCCUAUGAGGCCCCCCUCGUCAAUUGUGAUUCUUGCUAAGGACCUUGACGCCAUGGCGAACGCGGAGCGCCAGUACUGGCAGAUCAAGGCAAAGUACUUUGAUGCGCUAAUUUUUUUCAAAAAUGGAAAGUUUUAUGAGCUCUACGGUUACGACGCCAUCAUUGCCCACCGGGAGUUUGGGCUCAGGUUGUCGCCUGAAUCUACUAACCGUCGCAAGAUGCGACUUGCGGGGGUUCCAGAGCAAAGUUUCAGUGAAUGGGCGCGCCUCUUUGUUUUCCGCGGUUACAAGGUGGGCUGGGUAGAACAGAUGAGAGAGGAUGCGGAUAAUUUACCUGCCAAGACUCCACGCGCAAAGGUGCUACAACGCGAGUUAGUUGAAGUUCUCACACCUGGCACCUUGACAGAUCCUGCAAUGGUGAGCGGUGCUGGCUCUGUUUUUAUACUGGCUCUCUUCCCUUUGGUGAAGGGCAUUGUGGAUGGCUUGGCGGUGGAUCUCUCACGUCAUGUGGUGUAUCACUGCCCCUGUGGCGCUGAGAGGAAUGACGCAGUGCGUGAGGAGGAGGUGUUGCUCAUGCUGUGUGCUCUUUUGCAGCAGCUUCGUCCACGUGAAAUCAUCUUUCCACGUCAUUUCUUGGCAAAUACCAGGCGAAAUGAGAGAGGGACAGUAUUUGCCAAACGCUUGGUGAAUUGGAUAGAGAGCGAGGGAUUUCGUGUGGAGUUGGUGGAUCUUCCUGCCCUUUCAUCUUCAAACGAGAACUCUGAUGGUGUGGACAUUUCUUUAGAUGCACGAAAGUUUUUGGAAUAUUACUUUCAGACAUUAAAACUUUUUCACGCCGUACCCAUACUCUCAGAGGCGGAGCCCUACACCUUGCAUCUUCCGUAUGCGUCGUCUAACUCCACCAUUGUUUGCAACCCUGCAGCUGGAUCUUCCCACGCGUCAUCGAUAUUAUGGCAUGAACGACGAGAAGAUCGCGGACUCGUACUUGAUGCCACAACGGUGAGUAAUUUGGAACUGGUCAAUAAUCUUCGAGAUGGCGGGGAACGUGGAUCCCUGAAUCAACUUCUCAAUCGCUGUUGUACGAAUGGAGGAAAACGCCUCAUGCGAUCGUGGAUUUUGCGGCCCUCUGCUUCCUCCCGUGUCAUUGUAGCUCGACAGGAGGCUGUUCGCUUCAUUGUUGCGCACAAACUGGGCCAACUUUGGGGUGAGGGUGGAGAGCCAGAUGUGACGCCGGGAAGGGCAGCGGCACACAACACGACUCCAACGAGUGCAACAACGACAACCCCUACAGUGACAGAGGAGAACAAGUGUGGGAGUGAGCCCAGCUGUGGUGUGAAGCGAGAGCGGCUCGUGAGCGGUACAUUUGAGAUGCGUUUUGCCGGUCUUGUGGAUGUGGACUUUGAACGCAAUCUUUCGCGCCUAGCAGACAUGAAGAGCAACAACGAUGCACAGGUGGCUUUUGUUGAUCCCCUUGUUCAGUACAAGAAACAGUUUCAAAUCAUUCUUGCAACCGUGCAGGCGUUUGAGGACAUGGUGGAAUGGUCCCGUGAGAUUCAAAGGGGGAUGUCUGCAGCACCUUUGCUCUUGAAGGAACUCUGGGCGCAGAUAGAUUCCGCUGCUCCUGCGGUGAACUCUAUUGGGAGCUGUUUUGACCGCAGUGCAGCUCUUGCGAGUGGUGUCAUCGCUCCCUCUCGAGGAACAUCCCCCACGUACGAUGAAGCAACGGAUAGCCUCGAUACCAUUGAGGCGAAAUUACAGGAGGAACUACAUCGGCUGAAGGAAGAGGUGUUUGCAGGUGCUGCGAUCAACUACUGCGUCAUUGGCAACGAUCGCUUUCUUGUGGAGGUGCCAAUUCGUGCAGCGCCAAAAACAGCUUUGAGUGGGUUUCUUGAGCGAUCACGGAGUGGCAAGAGUGUCAAGUAUGCUGUGACCUCCCUUGAGCCUCUGGUGGAGGCGCAUAAGAAGGCAAAGGUGAUGAAAUCAAACGCCCUUCUUUUGGUACUACGAAAUGUGGCAUCGCAUAUGUGUAACUAUUUCCCACUCUUGUACGGUGCCACAGAAGCACUCUCAUAUUUUGAUUGUCUCUUGAGUCUCGCAUCCCUGCAGAACUGUGGAAUGACAUUUGCGUGGCCUAUCGUGGAGGAUGACAAGGCUGGGGCAAGCGUGGAGGCAGAAGAACUAACCCAUCCCUUCCUCAGUAGAGACUCAGUACCAAACAGUAUUCACCUCAAUGCAGCACAGGGGCGUAUUCUGGUUCUGACAGGCCCGAACAUGGCCGGGAAAAGUACGCUUAUGCGUACUGUCGCGGUAAACGUCAUCAUUGCACAAAUGGGGGGACCAAUUUUUGGAACACGCAUGCGUCUUGCCACGGUGUCCCGUAUCUUCACACGUAUUGGAGCGCGUGAUGCUUCUCACAAGGGGCAGAGUACGCUCUACGUUGAACUGAGUGAAACAGCUGAUAUCCUUUGGCAUGCAGACCAAUGGAGUUUGUGCCUAGUAGAUGAACUUGGGCGUGGAACCUCCACGCAUGAUGGUUACGCCAUUGCACACGCAACUUUGUCCUCGUUAAAGCAACGCCUUCCUGUUUCUCCGCUUCUCCUAUUUUCCACACACUACCACGCUCUUGCGCAGGAACAGGUUGGUGGGGAUGAAGUAAACGCCUCGUCUUCGCAUCGGCAUCAGGGCUCAAUAGUGCAGCUGGGGUACAUGGAUUUUGCCCUAUCAGAUGGCAAAAACAACCGUGUUCCGACGAUCACAUUUCUCUACCGUUUAGUUUCUGGCAUAUGCACACGCAGCUACGGUGUUGAGGUGGCUCUACUGGCUGGUAUUCCCUCUUCUUUGGUAAACACGGCAGCCCUUAAGUCACACGAGCUUGCCUCUUGGAAUGACUGGCAAAAAGACAUCCACACCAUACGACGGUUCCUUAAUUUAGCCAAUCCGGGAAUGCUGCUGAAGAAAGAGAAGCCGUAG